AUAUUGCUCUGUAUAAGUAAUGACAGCUCUAACUGCCGUUUUCAGAUUCUGCCAUUAUCUGUCACUGACGAAUUGUACUCUGAAUCUGCAGUUUUUCAUUUGAAUUCCAGAUUCUUUACAACUCAAAUUUCAAAUGAUUGUGUCCAGGCUUCCUCUAUCAACCAGAGCUUAACAAUCUUCAGACAUUACAUCAUGGCGGCGAGAUUUCCUGAAGGAAACCAAGUUCAGCUCCGACCUCGAAAAGGUCAUGACAUGACAUGGUCAUGUGACAAGCAUGGUGAGCCAAUCGCAUUUUACUGUAAGAAACACGGACUACCCGUAUGUGAUCGUUGCGCUAUCAAAGAACAUUGCCAAAAACCAUGUGAGCUAGACGAUAUUGAGGAUGUCAUCUUUGAGAGGAGAAAAAAACUGGAUGAGAAACGGCCAAAAAUACAGGAACUUCAGAAACAAAUGAAAGCCCUAGAUUUGAAAAUAAAGAUGGCUUUAACUUCUGGCGAUACCAAUCUGCAGACAGUAAACAACAGCAUUCAAGCAUCGUAUCACAACAAGAUCAAAUCUGUUGAAGAAAAGGAGGACAGAAUGAUCAGGGUGAUUAAUGAGGAGGCAGAUGAGGAAAUAAGACUAGUAAAUGAGAAGAGAGAAAAACGAAUCAAAGAUUGCAACACCGAGAGAGAAAAAAAACGACAAAUCAUCAAAGACAAAGAAGCAAAACUUCUAUCAGAUGCAAAGAAAAUCACCGAAAUCAUUUCUAAGAAGAUCAAAGAUCUAACUAAUAAGAGUCAGCAUGUAAUAAACACUAUCAAGAAUAUUGAAUCAACCAUCACACGUAUCAACCAACAUGAUGAAACAUUGGUGAAUGAAGCUCCUCAAGUACUUGCAUCUAUCGAUGAAAAUUUAAGUUUGAAUGUUCAUCAAGAUGUGAGCGACGGUCUUGACCGAAUAGAGAAUGCAAUCCAGAGAGUGACAUUUGUAGAGGGGGAAGUAGGUGGAAAAUACUACUGUAGAAUUGAUGGGUAUAUCGGUAAAUGGGAACUUGUCAAGUCAAUCCACAUUCCAUCGGUUGUUCAUAAGCCGUAUGUGUGUGGUUUAGUCAGUGAUGAUGAGAUAUGCGUACAAGACAGAUAUAACAAUGACAUGUACAUGUAUGUUACAAACAUCAACACUCAACACACAGAGAAAGUCAUUAGAGGUGUGUGGAUUAUAUCAUGUGCGCCCAUAGACAGUAACGUAAUAGUAUGUGGUAAGAGGAGAGAUCAUUUCACGGGUGACAGGUUGGAUGGAUGCAUCACUCUCUAUGACAGACAAUGGAAGGUGAUUAGAGACAUCAGCAUACCAAGGAAUGGAGACUCCAGAUAUUGUAGUGUGUAUGUUGAUGUCGACAGCAAUGGGAUGAUCAUUGCUGGUCAGUACUAUCAGUCUAAUAUCUACCUCAUCAAUCCUGCUGAUGAUAAGAUAGUAAACACUAUUACAAUGCAGGGUAAGAAGGUGCGUGGUGAGAUACAAGCCUUGUCAUCAGAUGAUAUCGUUGUGAAGACAGGUUAUUAUGAAUACACUGUCAUCUCACGAUCAGGAGAAGAGAAGGCUGUCAUACACUGUGUUAAAAGGGGUAGAUCGCAGUGUCGCGUUGACAAACUGACAGACACACUCUACAUCGCGUACUGGGAUAGAGUGCGUAUGACCUACGCAGUUGAUCAGGUGUCACGUGAUGGUAUCAUCCAGGCAAGGAGGAUUGUGGAAUACGUGAAAUCAGAUCGCCCUCACUACAGCAGCCCUUGUCUUGUUACUCCUUCUGGUAACCUUGUAGUACAUGUAUGUGAUGGAGACAAAUUUCUUCUUUACAAGAAGACAAUCCUCUUGUAAAUCAUCAAGAAUCUAAACGUAGUCUACAGACCCUGAUUGAAACUUUGAUCAACAAGUUUGCCUCCACACAAAGAAUAUCACAUGUAUACAAAUCUUGCUGUUUCAAUUCCUGAGCGAGAGCGCCUUCAGUACACAAGGUAUAACCCUGCACAUUCAGACCGUUAACUCGAGUGAAGGGUUUGCACAGCAAUCUAAAUGAGUGAUAAUGUUUUUUUAAGAACAUUUCAGAGCAAUGUUUUGCUACAUUUCCAUUUGUGUUUAACUUCAAUCUGCCACCCCUUAUACCCAUUGGGGCAGUUUCAUAAUUUGUUAUAGUAACAAUCAAUAGCUAAAAAAUACUGAAAUAAUUCAAUUUGAUUGGAUCAUAGUAACCUUUGGAUAGAAAUUUUUAUUUUAACAAGUCUUUAUGAAACAUGACUCGUUAUAGUAACAAUCAAUAACUAAAAAAUACUGAAAUAAUUCAAUUUGAUUGGAUCAUAAAAACCUUUGGAUAGAAAUUGGUAUUAUAUUAUAACAAGUCUUUACAUAACAGGACCAUGGACUAUGUGUUAUUAUAUUCAAUGUAAUGUUGUAUUUAAAAGAUUAUUAUUUGUAAGUUAACAGUCCAAUGCUCUUGUGGUCAUAUUAUGCUGUUAAUAGUCACAGUCAUUCUUUAUUAUAAAAUGACAUCAGUUGAACUUUGAAUCUUCUUUCUUUCAAGUCCCCUCUCCAUGUUUUGACGAUAAAAUCAUUCAUAUUUUGACCAAUUAAACUUUGACAGAAUAUGAUAUUAAAAAUCAUAAAGAGUUCGAAUUUUCAUUUUAACUGAAUUUAAAUGAUAUUAUCAUCCCACAUUCCUCCGAAAGUUUACAAUGCCCUAACCAAACAGAUUACUCAUUUCAAGAAUUAAAAAUUCAUACUAUUAAAUUGAAAUAUAUUUAGCUUUGUUUUGUAUAUAAAUCUGUCAGUAGGUUCGUCAUUGUAUAUAUAUAUAUCACAUUUUAAAUAUUUUUUUUUGCACGCAUACAUGCAUAUCCUCGUCAUUGCUUACCUUAAAAUAAUGUUUCAAUAAUUUAUCCUGUUUAUUUUCCCAAGCUUUUUGUUUGAUCAUAUCUUUCACCUCUGUAUUAAAGAAGCUUUCCAAUCUUAUCUUUAUAAAACCAAUUCAUAUAUAGUAUAUCCAAUUUUGUAAAAAGUGCAAAUUUCUUUUAUUAUAUAAAGUGCAGUAUACAUGUAUAAUGAUAUGAUAUUUAAAGAUCAUCUAUUUGGGUUAAUACAUGUACGAUAAAAGUUUAGUAGAAAUUAGAAUUUGAGUCUUACAAAUGAUGUUAUAUUCUUUUGUAACAUGUUUUCAUUAAAUUUAGUCUAGGAAUUUUAGACCUUGAUGUAAGAUAGUAAAAUGAUAUGGUUGUAUUUGAUCUUUACACCUUCAGGAGGAUUGACAGAAUUGUAACAUAUGAAUCAGAGCAAACAUUGUUUAGUGUAAAUCAAGAGGAAAGAAAUAGAUAUCUUUAUACUGGAAUAAAAUGGUGAUAGCCAAGAAAGACAAGAAAGAUUCAAUCAUGUAUAUAAAAUAUGCGAAAGAUUGGUCAAUCAACUACCAGUUGUAAACACAUUACUGAUCUAAAUCUAUCAAUCAUUUUGAAUAAAUGUUGUAAAUGAUCAAAAUCGUUCAUUAUGGUUGCAUGUGAAAUUUGUAGGAAUUUCAAUCAAAAGAUCAUUAUGGUGAUAGGGAGAGACAGUUUUUAAAUUCUCUACAAGGAAUAUUAAUCUGAUCUAUAAUCAAGUAAUUUUGUCAGCCUAAGUGCUAUUCAAAUGAGAAACCUAAACAUAUAAAAUAUAUAAUUGUUUCAUCUGCAGUUCUUUUGUUGACUCUACAAUCUAUGAAGGGCUGGUUAAAAAUGACAGAAUGAUGCUGAGAGAUAGAAGAGAAGAUGAAGAGAGAGGG